AUGUCGUUCUUCUCAGAAAUGCAGGAAUUAUUUGUUUGUUCGCGAAUAGAAUUGAGUUUCCAUUUCUUGGGAGUGAAGGAAGCCAAGUCUUGCUUCUUGCUAUGUUGCUUAUUUCCAGAAGAUUAUGGAAUGGGCUUCGAGUUGUUUGAUGACAUAAAUACAGUAGAAGAAGCAAGGUAUCGAGUUUAUGCUGUAGUUGACAAGCUGACAAGAUGCUCUCUCUUGCUGGAAAGCAACAAGAACAUGCAUAAUAAAAUGCAUGAUGUCGUGAGCGAGACGGCCAUAUCUAUCUGCAUGAUAGGUGAAAUUGGAUUUUUGGUAAGAUGUGAAACUGCAUUGAGAGAGUGGCCUAAGAAGAAGAAGACAUUCAAAGAUUGCGCUGCAAUUUCUCUUAUGAAUUGUGAAAUGCAUGAAUUUCCUGAAGAUUUGGCGUAUCCAAAACUUAAGCUUCUACAGAUCAUAAACAAUAUUCACCGUUCAAGUGAAAUUCCACAUGAUGUAUGUGAUGACAUGAUAAGACUUAAAAUAUUAGCUUUGGGGAACAAGUGCAUCCCAUCUAGACCAUCAUCAGUCCAAUUUUUGAAGAACCUUCAAGCUUUGUCAAUAGGAAAUUGUGGUGCUCCUUUUGGGGACAUUGACAUAUCUAUUAUUCAAGCACUGGAGAAGCUCGAAAUCCUCAGCCUUGCAGGAUCUAAGAUUUCAAAGUUGCCAAAAUAA